UAAAUUACGGGACAUAAUUGUUUUGAUAUUGAGUCGUGUUCUACUGUCAUUUCUCAUGUCUGUUCAUCAAUUUCUCAAGUAAAAAUAGAUUUGUUGAAAUAUGUUUGAUCUACUUAAAGGGAAACACAUGUGUAAUCAACGUAAUUGGAUGAAAAUUGAUCUGACGAGUGAAAAAUGUAUCACAAUGUUCUUUUGUUUCAUGAAUUCCAGUUGUUCUAAUCAUACCAGGGAUUGAUAAAACAAUUGUGACUAGCAGUGUGAGUGUCGAGUAUCCGAACACAGUGUACACUGAGAAAAAAAAAAUUAUUUCGGUGAAAUAUUCAUUGACUUCAGAGAAGGGUUUAUUUAAAGAACAUGGAGGGAGGUGGUGUAUUAACGGCUGAACGGAGUCCUGCACGAGCUAAUUUGCACGUGGCGUUCACGGAAAAAGGUGAAGUCAAAGAGAGACGUGAGAAAUUUCUCACGGCCAAGUAUGGCUCACAUCAAAUGUCGUUAAUUAGGAAGAGAUUGGCGGUGGAAAUGUGGCUGUUUGAUGAGCUUCAGAAGCUGUAUGAAUCAGUUACUGCCGACAAUGGAAAGAGUCGAGAGGUGGAGGUCGAUAUUGAUGAACUCCUGGACAUGGACACCGACGAUCGUAGACGUGCCCACCUCCAAGAAUUAUUGGUAGAUGCGAAAAAACCACAUGAUGUGAAGAAAUUCAUCAACGAUUUAUUAGAAAAGGCGAAAACCCUCUGAAGGGUAAGUACCUGCCAUUGGCUCCGAGUACUACAACUACCAACAUCUCGUUACUUGCUCACUCCUUCGAGUGCACCAAUGGGCUAAUGAAAUGAAUUUAACCAAACGAAAAAAAGUUAAAACGAAAAGCUUAAAAAAUUGUAAUAAUGAAUCCAAAAAGUGACAGUUUAUUGAUACGGCCGAAUCAACAGCUGUCCACAGUUACUAUGACUUUGUGUAACAAUUAUCUUACCGGUCCUCUCUGUGAGGAAGCUAGCGACUGACAUACGACACGAUUUACUGCAAUCCCGCAAUAAAAUAGUGAAACGUUGUAAAUUAAAUUAGACAAGCUGAUUAAGUUCUCGUGUACCCUAAUAAUGAUUUGUUAUGUUUCACUAUUUUAUCCAUGGAUUGAAGUUUUUUUUGUCAAAUCAAAAUAUCAGUUCCACAUUUUUUUUACUCCACGCGAAAAAAUGCAGCAAUGCAAUUUUUAUUUUACGAUCGAUUGCUCGAUUUUAUUGAUUAUAAUUACUCUUAAGUUAAUAUUUGGGUAGGAAUGAGGAUUUUGAUGGAAUUUUGGAAAGUAACACGAUACAUAGAUUCCCUCCAUUCGUUGAAUUCGAUGAAUGUACAAAAAAGGAUUUGGACAGAAGCAUUUUGCAAGCAUAGAAAGUUUGAGACACAAAACCUAAACUGUCAAGCAAAUUAAAUGCAUUUAAAAAAAUUAUAAAAUAAUGACACCAGCUGAGUCAAUGUUGGGCAGUUUCUGCCAUUAUCUCGGAAUUGAAUUGGAUAAAAUUUUUAUUGGGAGUGUUUUUUAGACACAAAAUUACAUUUAGCCGUUUGUAUGAAAAUGUUACCAGUUCCAGAUCAGAAGGUGAUCAGAAUAUGAUAACAAAUACCGGGGGAUUUUUAACUCGAAUUGACUCAUCUCGUCUCACUAUUUUACUACAUUGUUUCAACACUGAGACACCACAUAGAACGUUCCAGCUUAGUUUGUUGUGAAGAAUUAGUUUAAUGGAUUAACCAAAAACAAUGGCACACUAACUUAGAAAAAUUCACUCAGGCAAUAAAAUAAAUUGUCAAGUGCCAAAUAGGUGUUUACACGUUUAACGAAAUAGUAGUUCCGUCUAGAAGUGUUUUGCAGUUGGAAGAAAAUUAGUUAUCGUGUUUUCUGUCACGAGAUUAAUGUGAUUGUCGAAGCAGCCGCCUUUAGCAGAUCAAAAAGUCAUUCGGUGUUGAUUUGGAAAUGUGUUUUCGAGUGAAUCUAAUGGCUCUUCUGGUAAUUAGUAAAAAAAAUCGGACAGAAAUUCAGUAGCAAAGCGGUAAAACGAGAUAAGUUGAUUUAUCUCUUAGUCGAGUGUUCGAGCGAUAUCGCUCCCCGGAUUCCGAGAUACUCACCAAAAAAUGGCUAAUAGUCCACAGUGUCUUAUCUCGUUUUACCAUUUCGCUAAUCAAAUUAAUUGGAUAAUUAGCAGAGAUAUUACGAUUCACUCGUCGCCUUCUGCCAUUUCAAUACAGAAAAUCAUCGAUGGAUCUCUGCAUUAUUUUUAUUUAAUCGAAGUAAACAAAUUUUAAUUCUGCUGUGAACGUUUUUUGAUACGAACAUACUGCCUGCUCAAGCAAACAUAAGAAAACCUAAAUGUCCCUUCACCAGAAUGAUGAUUAAAAAUUGUGGAAGUAAAUUAGAGUUAACCAUCGACGUCUGUAAGUAGUUUACUCGCUUUGUAGAUACAUAUCUCAAUUCAAUUAUCUCACCCGCAUAUCCUCAUUUAGAUUAAUUUAGGGAAUCGUUGAUGUGAUAAAAUUGGUUGGAGAAUGACAAAAAGUCAAGAAUUGAACGAACGAAAUUCUCUGUGGACAUUGUAAAAUCUACGAAUCGAAUUAUCUCAACAGUUAGUCAUUAAAUCGUAAAAUGUCAACAGACCUUGUUUCUAGCUGAAAAAUUCUCAAUGAAAAAUAUAUUGACAUUUGCGCAUAGAAGCGUUUGCUUUCGAGAUAAUUCGUUUAUUUUGUUCAGCCACUUUGACGAAAAAAACAAGUAUGGAAGCGACGUAUGAAUUAGUUGAACAAAUUUUAAUAGAAAUGUCGAUUACAAAAAAUAUAAAUUAGACAAAAAUUAAUCAAGUAAAUGAAGCUAAAGCUAAAUGAUGAAUGUCCUCGAUUUUUUAUUAUAUCGAACGAACAAAAAAUCAGAUUUUAACGAACAAAAAACACAAAAUAAACUGCCAAAGAUUUAUUUCAUUGCGAAGAGAAGAGGGAAGAAAUUUCGACAUCGACCUUUGAACGUGGUAAUCACUCAGGGGCUUUAGCGUCACAGCUUUAACAACAAAUAGAAAAAAAAUUUAAAUUGGCAGUAAUGAGUUGUGAUAAUCAGUGCGUAAAUACCUAACGAUGAUUCGAGUGUUGAGUGAAUUGAAUAAUUAAAAUUUGAUACGAAAUGAAACUAGAAUCAAACGAACAAUGGUCUCGACUGUCAUUUUAAUAUUAAUUAAGAGGUAAUGAGGAAAUGCUUGAAUCAACGAAACGAUCUCUAGUAAAUUUUAUUCAAUUUGGUUCUCGAUCUUCUCGAAAUGCAGAAAUAACUUAAUACUCAAAUUGAUUCAUAUCAUUGGUUUUCAAAAUGCCAAGAUUUUUUUUUAUCUUUAACGUUAGAGAGAAGGGAGUGAGAAAUUUUACGAGGUCAGUGCGAAGGAGAUGACAGAGGCAUUACCAGUCUAAGAUAUGUGUAAUUUCUCAUUAUUAUAUUUCUUAGUUUAUUUGUUGUGUGUAUUUUUAAUAACUUAUUAUUAAUUACUUUUAACCAGUUGAUUAUGUUCUCGUACUUCCAAGAAAUCAGAGGUGGAGUGGUAAAGAACAGGGGAUUCAGAUUAGUCUGGGAAUAUUGACGAAGAGAAAGAGGUGGAAAACAUUCUGGCAGUGGUACAUUGACCUUUUGAUUAUGAAUUUUUUUUUCAUAACAAUUCCAAAGAUAUUCGCAAAAUAAUGACUAUCCAGUUACAGAUUAUCUGCUGUUCCUCGCCACUCUGCUCCUAGUGAUAUGAAUAAGGCAUUUUUUAAGUUCAAAAAUAUUAGAAACUAUUGUGAUGCUUGAAAUGAAGUCUCGCUGAUUAGAAUUAUAAAUGUAGCUGCUUCCAAGUGAAAACGAACAAAAAAAUCGAUUGGUAUAGAUAAAGAAAAAUGAAGAUUUUUUGAAUGUUGACGAGCUUAAUUGUGAGGAGCAUUUUCAGUAAAACUGAAUGGUCAUUUUGUUAUAGAGAGCAUCGAUGGAAACAGUUUUUUGUCACAAAUGAACAAUGAAGAAUCAAUUUUUCAAUGAUAAAGAUGAGUAAGUGAAUAUGGAUAUUUGAUAGUACUCAGGAGUGUUUCUGAAUGAAGAUCAAACCUGAGGUUUAAGAUUUUCGGGCAAUUUUUGUAGACUGUAGAGUUUUAUAAACAAUCAUCCCCCUUUUUCAAUGUCAUACCCAUCAUGAAAAACAUUUUCAUACGAAGGAAAAAAAUGAAAAAUAAAAAAAAAAUGAAUUGAACAUUUUUUGUCAUAGAAAUAUCGUCGUCCAAGCGCACCAUAUUAAUGCAUUGUAAUAGUGAUUAGACACGUAAUUGAAUAAAAAGUCUCGCGAUUGUUGUAUUCUUUGCAGUCUUUUGAUGGAUGAAACAACAAUAGAUCUACAAACUUGUACGAAUAUAUUGGAAGUAAAUUCAAUUUUUUGCGA